AUGCGAUCUUCGGUGAUGGAUAACGCCCCGACUAUCAUAGAUCGGCCAUCUCAGAGGCCAACAACAAUCUUAAGUCCACCGCUCUCUAGUGCUGGCCAAACCAUCUCUUCAUCCACCAUCUCCAGCGCAGAAGCUUCGACGAACACGGCAUCACCUCAAAGUGUCUCACCCUCUGCUACCAGUAGUGGUGUCAGCGUCAUAUUUCGCCCGACCUCAGCCGCGAGCCAAACAUCUUCCGUGCUUGUAGGUGCUUCAUCCUCCGAUUAUACUUCAUUUCCGGCUAGUUCUCUUCCUUCGGACCUUGCUUCGUCUGCCAAUGUUGUGUUCUUCUCCACUACCAAUGCUGUUUCCUAUUCGACAGUCAGCACCACUUCGUAUUUUGCUGGACCUUCUAGCUUGCCUCAGACCAACUACUCCUGUCCUGCAGUCAACGGAGAACAGGUCCAAGCCAACACCGGAGGUUCAUAUAUAAUAGGCUGUAGCGAAGAAACCUCAGGAUUUGAUGUUCUUGUGGCUACUGCACCAGACUUCAAUGACUGUAUGACUUAUUGUGAUCAGCUCCCAAGCUGUACCGCGUGGACGUAUAGUAGCAGUUGCUACUUGGAGACAGGCACAUCUGCUUCUGACUUCUCCUUCCAACCGUCAACUCGAGGAGCGGUGUCUGGUAUCAGAUCACUACCAGCUGGAACCUCAGGUCUUUCAGAGAGCAGCGCGACCUUUAUCACUAGUUCUUCUGUGUCACAAACGACGGGUUCUGUAGCACCGACUGAAGAUGCACCUGGUUUCUCGACAACAACAUCAGCAACUCCACCUCCAGAUUUGCCAUCAAUUGCCGAGGUAUCGACUACUAUCGUUCCGACCGAAACGUCUGUGAAUUCUGAGGACGUCACUCAGAGCACAAGUUACCAAAGCACUGUACAGUUGCUAUCUGCUGCGUCCGAUCUGGCCUCAGAAGACACGUCAAGAACGACAACCACGAGCGAUCCAGGAACGACUUCUGAAGCUACAACCAGUAGUAUAGGACCCAUUGCUACAGAUGACAAUGGUGCAGCGAGUCUAUCGUAUCUGACCUCGACCAUUUUCACACCUUCUGUCACGGACAUCAUAUCUCCAACCACCACCAAUAGUACGUCUUUCUUGACCACCACCAAUAUUAGGACUGCAUCGAGCGCAGCUUCAUCCUCAUCAAUUAGCUGUUCCAUCUUUGACAAUGUCCUUGACAUUUGCCUCGAUGCAGUUAUCACGCCCUCUGUUGGCGUUGGAGGUGCAGUCAGUGUGGGCAUUGGGAGUUGCACCAUUACAGUUGUUGAUGCAUCGAUAAGUCUGGGAAUUGCGCCUUCUGCUGCAGCAACUGCGGACGUGGGCAUAUCUAUUGGGACAGGGGAUGUUGAGAUAGGAGCAAGUGCCAGCAUAGGCGUUAGUCCUGGCAUUGGUGGCUUGCAGCAGUCAACUACAGCUACUUCUUCACCAUCGACAUCGUGCUCCGCCGGCGGGAACGCGCUCAAUAUCUGCAUAGACGCUGCUGUUACUCCCUCGAUCGGAGCUGAUGGCAAUGCGGGCAUUGCUGUGAGUAGCAGUAGCACUAUCACACUAGUUGAUGUAUCGGCCUCUUUGGCGAUCGCGCCAUCCAUAACAGCAGGUGUCGAUGUCAGGAUCUCAACUGGUACGAGUGUCAUAGCCUUAGUUGCAAAUGCGACCCUUGGGGCAAACCUUGGUCUUGGUUCUAACACAGCGGGACCACUGUCUAGCAAUAUGGCUUCAACAUCAACCUCGAACUGCUCAGCUGGUGGCAAUGUUCUCAAUCUAUGCGUCGACGCAACCAUCACAGCAUCUGCCAACGCCAACCUCAAUCUCAAUCUUCGACCUAGUAGUAGCGCGCUCACAUUGCUAGAUGCAUCGGUUGUAGUCACACCUUCAAUCGCAGCAGGCAUUGAUCUCGGCUUGUCUGUCGGGUCAUCUAGCAUGAGUCGUACUCAAAGUCCUAUCCUGGGAGUGAGUACAACAAGUCUUUUGGCAGGAUUGGAUCUGGGAAGUCAAUUGAUAGCAAGCGUGACAUCAAAUGGCUUGUCAAUCACGGCUCUCAGUACCGGCCUGCUUCCGACGUCGUCGCUCGCGCUGGCUUCAGGACUGGGCAUUGGCUCGGGUCAGCCAUCUUUAGCACCAGCUGGAUCGUCUACUUCUUCACGAUCGUCCUCAGUAUCAACUGCAACAAGCUCAAGCACCACGUCGACCUCUACAAGAGUUUCUAGUACUGCAGGCCUUGUCCAAAGUUUGACUGGUGCUCUGGGACGUGAAAUUAAGUACCCUAGGGACUCGCCGAACGGACAACAAGGAUUCACUACUCUUGUGCGAAUAGGGCGAAUAUGA